AUGCUCCCAAGACAGGUGCCAGCUUGGGUGCCCCAUUCCCUGCCAGACACAUGCCAAGCAGACGACUGCAAGUUCCUGGCCACCUGUGCUUUAGAGAAGGGGUUGUCUCCAUGCCACCUGCUGACAGUGAGGGUCAUUCAGAUGAAAAAUGUCCGGCGGGCUGAUAUACUGAGCCAAACAGACUGUUUUGUGAGCCUGUGGCUGCCCACCGCGUCUCAGGAGAAGCUGAGGACCAGAACCAUCUCCAAUUGCCUGAACCCAGAGUGGAAUGAAAGCUUCACCUUCCAGAUCCAGACCCAAGUGAAGAAUGUACUGGAGUUGAGCGUUUGCGAUGAAGACACAAUGACACCAGAUGACCAUCUCCUGACAGUUCUCUAUGAUCUCUCCAAGCUCUGCUUCCGGAACAAAACCCAUGUGAAGUUCCCACUCAACCCAGAGGGCAUGGAAGAGCUGGAGGUGGAGUUCCUGCUCUCAGAGAGUCCCUCUCCACCUGAAGCUCUCAUCACCAACGGCGUGCUCGUGUCUCGUCAAGUCUCUUGUCUAGAGGUGCAUGCAGAAUCCAGAAGGAGGAGGCAGAGGAAGAGGAAGAAAAUGAAAGAUCUCCUGGUGACAGUGACAGAAUCCUUCGAGAAAAUCCAGUGCAUCUCACCCUGCUCAAUGCCCUGCUUCCCCAACCCCGCCUGCUUCCACUACCCCAAGUACUUCCAGCCCCGGUUGUAUGUGGAGGCACCCAAGAGGCACUGGAGCUGCGAGCUUUGCUGCUGUGGUGGGCGCAAGGAUGGCCCUGUUUGUCAUCCCCUCAAUUGCCUCUCUGAUGGCCAGGCAAUGACCCUGCCCGUGGGCGAGAACUGUGAAUUAUACAUGAAGUCCACACCAUGCGCUGACACACUGGACUUGCGGCUAGACUUUAGCCUGUGCCAGGCCGAGCUGGAGUUCAUGCAGAAGCGGAAGGUGGUGGUGGCUGAGGCAUUGAAGCAGGUGCUACGGCUGGAGGAGGACCUGCUGGAGGAUGAGGUGCCGCUGAUAGCCAUCAUGGCCACUGGGGGCGGAGCAAGGUCUAUGACUGCCAUGUAUGGCCACCUGCUGGGGCUGCAGAAGCUGAACCUCUUGAACUGUACCAGCUACAUUACCGGCCUGUCAGGCGCCACCUGGACCAUGGCUACCUUGUAUAGUGACCCUGAGUGGUCCUCUAAAAAUCUGGAACCUGCUAUCUUUGAGGCCCGGAGACAUGCUGUCAAAGACAAGAUGCCCUCCCUGUUCCCAGACCAGCUGUGCAAAUUCAGAGAGGAACUCCGACAACGCAGCCAGGAGGGCUACAAUGUCACCUUUACAGACUUCUGGGGCCUGCUGAUUGAGUCCUGUCUGGGAGACAAGAAAAAUGAAGUCAAGCUGUCAGAGCAGCGUGCUGCUUUGUGCCGGGGCCAGAACCCCCUGCCCAUCUACCUCACCAUCAAUGUCAAGGAUGAUGUAAGCAACCAGGAUUUCAGAGAAUGGUGUGAGUUCUCCCCCUACGAGGUCGGCAUCCCCAAGUACGGGGCCUUCGUCCCCACAGAGCUCUUUGGCUCCGAGUUCUUCAUGGGGCGGCUGAGGAAGCGGAUCCCCGAGUCGCAGAUGUGCUACAUGCUGGGUUUGUGGAGCAGUAUCUUCUCCCUGAACCUGCUCGAUGCCUGGAAUUUGUCUCACACCUCAGAGGAGUUUUUCCACAGGUGGACAAGAGAGAAACUGCAUGACAUCGAAGAUGAGCCACUCCUGCCUGAAAUCCCCAGGUGUGACGCCAACCCCCUGGAGACCUCAGUAGUGAUACCAGGGACAUGGCUGUCCAAUACCUUCCGAGACAUCCUCACACAUAGGCCUUUCGUGUCAGAAUUUCACAACUUCCUGUUCGGCCUACAGCUCCACACAGACUACUUGCAGCACAGGCAGUUCUCCAUGUGGAAAGACACAGUGCUGGACCACCUCCCAAACCAGUUGACACAGUUCACGAAACACUUGUGCCUGCUGGAUACUGCGUUCUUCGUCAACUCCAGCUAUGCUCCUCUCCUCAGGCCAGAGAGAAAAGCCGACCUCAUCAUCCACCUGAGUUACUGUGCAGGGUCGCAGACCAAGCCCCUGAAACAAACCUGUGAGUAUUGCACCACGCAGAACAUCCCCUUCCCCAGCUAUAUGAUCCAGGAUGAUGACAAAAACCUCAAGGAGUGCUACCUGAUAGAGCAGCCCCAAGAUCAGCCUGAUGCCCCCAUUGUGGCUUUUUUCCCACUCAUCAAUGACACCUUCAGAAAGUACAAGGCUCCAGGUGUGGAGCGGAGCCCCGAGGAGCUGGAGCUAGGGGAACUGGAUAUCUAUGGCCCCAAAUCUCCCUAUGCCACCAAGGAGCUGACAUACACGGAGGCUGCCUUUGACAAGCUGGUGAAGCUCUCGGAGUACAACAUCCUCAAUAACAAAGACAAGCUCCUGCAGGCUCUGCGGUUGGCAGUGGAGAGGAAGAAACGCCUCAAGAGCCAGUGUCCCUCCUAG